UUUAACCCGUUCCCCGCCCGGCGGCUCCGCAGACGGCCGAGGCGGCGGCCCCGGGAGGCGCGGCGCUGCGUCCUGCGCCCGGGCGGGGAAGGGUGGCGCGGGGCGGGGGGCAGCGGGAGCCGCUCCCUCCUUGCCCGGCCCGGCACAGGCGGGUGGAGGAGAAAGAGGAGGAGGAGGAGGAGGGCGGCGGCGGCGCAGAGCGCAGACAUGGCGGCCAACAUGUACCGAGUGGGAGAUUACGUGUAUUUUGAGAACUCUUCCAGCAACCCAUAUCUCAUCAGGAGAAUUGAAGAACUGAACAAGACUGCCAAUGGAAACGUGGAAGCAAAAGUGGUGUGCUUUUACAGGCGAAGAGAUAUCUCCAACAGCCUUAUAAUGCUUGCAGAUAAGCAUGCUAAAGAAGUUGAAGAAGAGUCUGAAACUACAGUUGAGGUUGAUUUGACUGAUAAACAGAAACAUCAGCUGAAGCACAGAGAGCUCUUCCUUUCUCGCCAAUACGAGUCCCUUCCGGCAACACACAUCAGGGGAAAAUGCAGUGUUGCACUUCUGAAUGAGACUGAAUCUGUGCUGUCAUACCUGGAGAAGGAGGAUACCUUUUUUUAUUCACUGGUGUAUGAUCCAUCACUGAAAACGCUUUUAGCAGACAAGGGAGAAAUCCGAGUGGGGCCUCGCUAUCAAGCAGAUGUGCCAGACAUGCUUGCAGAAGGAGAAUUAGAUGACAGAGAACAGGCAAAGCUGGAAGUAAAAGUAUGGGAUCCAGAUAGCCCCCUUACUGACCGUCAGAUUGACCAGUUUUUAGUUGUAGCACGUGCGGUUGGCACGUUCGCUCGAGCAUUGGACUGCAGUAGUUCUGUCAGGCAACCUAGUUUACACAUGAGCGCAGCCGCUGCUUCCCGAGACAUCACACUGUUUCAUGCAAUGGAUACACUGCAUAAACACAACUAUGAUUUGAGCAGCGCCAUCAGUGUCCUAGUGCCACUUGGAGGACCUGUCUUGUGUCGAGAUGAGAUGGAAGAGUGGUCAGCAUCAGAAGCUAGUUUAUUUGAAGAGGCAUUGGAAAAGUAUGGCAAGGACUUCAAUGACAUUCGACAAGACUUUCUCCCUUGGAAGUCGCUGACAAGCAUCAUUGAGUAUUAUUAUAUGUGGAAAACCACUGACAGAUACGUGCAGCAGAAACGCCUGAAAGCGGCUGAAGCAGAGAGCAAGUUGAAACAAGUGUACAUCCCCACCUACAACAAACCAAAUCCUAAUCAAAUAUCCAGCAACAAUGGGAAACCUGCUGCAGUCAAUGGAGCAAUGGGAGCCUCUUACCAGGCACAGGCCUCGCUAAUAGGUCGGGCUUGUGAAAGCUGCUAUACUCCACAGUCUCACCAGUGGUAUUCUUGGGGUCCUCCAAAUAUGCAGUGUAGGUUGUGUGCAUCUUGCUGGAUUUAUUGGAAGAAAUAUGGCGGCCUGAAAAUGCCCACACAGACAGAGGAUGAUAAACUGUCUUCCAGCCAGCCUACAGAGGACUCCCAUGUUAGGACUCACCUGUCCCGGCAGGCCACGCAGGGGACUCCAGUUCGUAACACUGGGAGCCCAAAGUCUGCAGUGAAAACACGUCAAGCUUUCUUCCUUCACACAACGUGUUGGACAAAACUGGCCCGUCAGGUCUGCAAAAACACCCUGCGGCUGCGGCAGGCAGCGAGACGCCCCUUUGUCCCUAUUAACUGUGCUGCCAUUAAGGCAGAAUAUGCAGAUCGACAUUGUGAGCUUGCUGGAAACCCUCUGAAGAUAAAAAGCACCAGGAAACCGCUGUCGUGUAUCAUUGGGUAUUUAGAGAUUCAUCCUGCAGUGAAACCAAAUGUAAUCAGGUCAACACCAAGCCUUCAGACUCCAAGUGCGAAACGACUGCUUGCACCCUCCAAUCACUCGUCACUAAGUAUUUUGGGGAAAAGAAACUACAGCCAUCAUAAUGGCCUUGAUGAAUCAUCCAGCCAUACAACAAGAACAAUAAUGCAUGCUGCUCCCCAUGUUCAUAUGACUAAUGGUAAGGCCUUGCAAGCCAGUGCAAGUGCCAUUAAGACAAGCACCAUUCCAGUGAUCAAGAGACAGAGGCAAAAUUGGCUUGAUGCUUCAGAUGAUGGUUUCUUUAUAGCUACAGAAGAGACCAGUGCUGAAGCAGUUAGAAACCUUCUCAGGAAAAAUCCGUAAGAGGUUCACCAGGUCACAGCUGAAAAGAGCUUCCAGAGCACCUUGUUCUCCGAUUAUUGCAAAGACAAAGACUCUCAUGAACAGUAGGCAGGCACGCACAGAGCCAGGAGCCAUCAUGCACUGAAGAGACAACAGCAUCAGCACCAUAAUCAUGUCAGAAUCAUGCUUAAUUGCGAAGGCAGAUACAACAGGACCUUCCACACCUUCAGGACUGUACGGACAGAUUGUGGUGGGGUUCUGUGUUCUGGGCAGGAUCCAACAGCAGCCCUUGUUUUCCCUUGUCUCUGCAAGGGCUACUUCUGGUUCACUGUGCAGGCCUAUCCUGGAUUGUCCUGCUGUGCCCUCCAUUCCCAGUCAUCAGCACUGGCUGGUCACGGAGGGGCUGUUUGCACUGACCGCACUGAAGGAGCAUGGAUGGAGAGUCCACCCGCCACAUUUGUCUACGUCUUCUAGUGGUUUGAUACAAGAAUAUGCAGCUUUUGAAACUAUUGCGGUGUCUUUAAAGCAGCAUUUAGCCUUGAGGGGUCUGUGUUUUCAAAACCAGCUGCAGACUUUGGGUGUUCGUAUUUCUCAGUAUUGGCUCGAGUCGCUUUGGAUUUGAUUUUCUGAACUGCUGAGUUCAUCCAGACCCUGAAACGAGGACAAGGAGUUGUCCAGCAGUUGUGAAAUUUAGAUUGGAUCAGGAAGUGCCCGUAAUUAGUGGCCAGAUUUCAAAAUGCUUUGGUUUGGCUCCUGGAAAGUAUUGCAUGUGGCAGUGAACAUCCAGCUGGACUAGUUGCAUGUGUAGGAACUGGUCCUAUUGUCUGUAUACUUGCAAGCAUCCACCUGUUUCUUGCAUCUUUUUGCAUUUCUUGAAGCCUGUUCUGAAUAGUGAAAACCAGCAGAACGUAAUUCCCAGGAAAACGUGAAGAAAUAGAGUGUUGCCUAUUAGAAAUGUCUCUCCACAACGUAAUUUGUACCUUUUCUAUAUGCCUGCGUAGAAGAUGUCUUGCACAAUGCUUUGAAAUUCAUACUUGUAAGGCUGCAGGUGGAUGCUUAGCAUGGAGAGAUGAUGUGCCUUUUGAAACUGCUUGUAGGAAGCUGUCAGCCCUCCUGAAAGUGGGAAUGGCAACAGAGGCAGGUCUUUUUUCUACUCAGGUACUUACAGGUGAACAAUCUCUGCCCUACUUUGACAUUCAGAGGCAACCAGCGUGUAGCACUGCUGUGUAAGCCUGGUUGGGAUGUGCUGAUGAUCUGAGGCAAGUUGUGUUCUUCAGUAGGCUUGGUUUCCAUAUGGCUUCUUAAGAGGUAGUCAAACACUGAACGUGUCAUAGUAAGCUGAGAUGAGCUUCAAGACUUUAUUUUUUCCCCUCUCUCUCUCUUUACUAGGUAGCCCUAACAGAUAGAACGGAUGUGAGGAUUUCAUCCAGUUGUGGAUGUUCACUUGGCUCUGUGGUUAGAAAGACAAAGAUGUCAGUGGUGUCCCAGACCUGGGGGUAAUUCCCCCACAGUUUUUCCACCUCCCCCUUGCCGUGCGAUUUAUGGUUUCCACUUGGAAGAGCAUCUGUGGUCUCAGCCUAAACCAAGCCAUACUCUCUGUAGGAUUUUGAGCUUUGAGACAGUAACCCAGAUGCUUCUUCAAGGGAGAAAGCACCUUGACCUCCUGAAGGGACUCGCUGAUGUUUUUUUCUGGAGUGAUGGAUCCAGGUCUUGUCCGCUGUCUUUCAGCAGCAAGAAGAGGGUGAAUACAAAGGAGCAAUUAUGACAUGGAGUGCCCCUAGUACGCUGAGCACCCUAGUGAAUGUUACAGAUUUGGACUCAAUUGGAGAAGACCUUGGAUUCAUCUGCUCACGGUUCUUCCCAGUAGCCACUGAAGUGUGCAGCCCUAGGCGUCUCUUCUCUCCACAGGAUCUGCUUUUUCCUUACCACAUUUGCUUUUCAUCAAGUAACCGAGUGGAGACAACCUUAUUAGUAAGAAUUGCCUUUAUCAGCUAUGACAUAUGGAAACCCCUUCUGUAUAAUAGCUUCCUCGCCCAUUAAAAUACAGAAAACAUGA